GGGAGGGUUAUCAGGAAACAAACAUGGCUACCCUGUUUGUUGGAGAGCCGCAAGAGAUGGAAGGGACUGCCUGAUUGAUCCUGGCUGUGCCUCCCCAUCUGUCCUCUAUGUGCAGUGGACCGGAAGGGUGAGUCAGAGGAGUCUGGAGAUGAUGAGACCAGGAGGAAGAACAUCAAUGGGGAGGUUGAUGCCAAUCAGCCCCAUACCACAGUUAAAGAGGAGUCUCCUGUUGAAAUGGAUACCAUAACUCUGGACCCAGAGGAAGAGGAUGUUGAUCUUGUCCACUGUCGUAUUGGGAAGAUUGAGGGACUGGGGGUGUUGAGGAAGGCGAAGACGCUCUCUCUAAGGCAGAACCUGAUCAAGACGCUUGAAAACCUGGAGACGUUAGUGAUGCUGAAGGAACUUGAUCUCUACGACAACCAGAUCCGCAAACUUGAGAACCUGCAGACCCUCAAAGAGCUGGAACAGCUGGACGUGUCCUUCAAUCUACUGAGGAAGGUGGAGGGUCUGGAGCAUCUGACGGGGCUAAAGAAGCUCUUUCUGCUGCACAACAAGAUCAGCCACAUCGCCAACCUGGACCACCUCACCGGCCUGGAGAUGUUGGAGCUGGGCUCCAACCGCAUCCGGCAAAUAGAGAACUUGGACGGGCUGUCCUCGUUGACGAGUCUGUUUCUGGGCACCAAUAAGAUCACUCAGCUGCAGCAUCUGGAAGGCCUUCACAACCUGACAGUCCUCAGCAUCCAGAGUAACCGCAUCACCAAGAUGGAGGGUCUGCAGGGUCUGGUCAACCUGAAGGAACUCUACCUGAGUCACAACGGCAUCGAGGUCAUUGAGGGCCUGGAGAACAAUAAAAAGCUCACAACUCUCGACAUCGCAGCCAACCGGGUAAAGAAAAUUGAAAACAUCAGCCAUCUAACAGACCUACAGGAAUUCUGGAUGAAUGAUAAUCAGCUAGAGGACUGGUCAGAUCUAGAUGAGCUGAAGAGUUCCAAGGCCCUGGAGACGGUGUACCUGGAGAGGAACCCCUUGCAGAAGGACCCCCAAUAUCGCAGGAAGAUUAUGCUGGCUCUGCCCACCGUACGCCAGAUCGACGCCACGUUCAUUCGCUUUUGACCGGGCCACACCUCACACCCCUACCUUGGUGUCCCUCCACUCACCGUUCUUCCCCUGCAACUGCAAAAUAGACCUCAGCUUACUGCACACAGACUCAUUCACCACAGGCACACACCUACAGAUACAGACGAGUGUCCUUGUAUACCACAUACACUCCAGCACACACAUUCCUAAUAUCACGUUUCAUUUGCCUUACCGUCUCAUGUAAAACACGCAUGUACACAUUUACACUCACCAUCUGACCUAUGCUAUUGUUUUAAUGCAUAUUAAUUUAUUGUCAGAAUUGGACUGGAUAGGGGCUGGGAGGAGUGGGAGCUGCAGGGAUGUCAAAAGGACUGCCCCCCCCCCUCUUUUCCCCCUUUGGAUGUGGAGUAGGGAAUAAUUGCUCUGCCUGAUUGUCCUUUUGUCUGGAGGGAUUUAAAAGGAGAAGGCAGUCCGUCUUUCUCCCUUUGUUAUUGAAAUUGCACUGUACCUGGCAAGAAGGUGUGCUGGCGGUAUUGCUGAUGGUCUAUUUAAGUGUUCAUCACAUUUCCUUCAGGAAGUUCUAAACUCACCAGACAGUCUUAUUUUAAAGAAUAAAAUAUAUUUUAUUCUAAAGAAUAAAAAUAAAAUAUAUAUUAAAUGUGACAAUGGUAGCUGCUGCCUUUAGUGGUGCUAAUACAGGGUGUAUUGGUGUGUAUGAUACUUGGUGUGGUUGCCAUGGGGAUAUUGAGCUCACCAUAACACUAAGUUUCCCUCAAAUUGUAGCUGCGUUAAACAGAUGCUGUAUCUGUUGUUCAACGUGAAGGAUUGAACUUAAUUCACACCCUGUCAUAAAGAAGCAUACUCUGAAACUGGUCCAAUUCGGGACAAUAAAGCAAAUGUGCUGUUCUGAAUGCCAAAUCAUGGCAGCACCAAGAAACAAACCAGGGGUUUGUGCAUUGGGAAAAAAUGUAGCAGAGCAUUUUGCAAUGGGGCAAAAUGGGGAAAAAAGUUAUUAUUGGAGAAGAGCAGAUGUUUCAUUCUGUUUCUUGCCUGAUGAACAUGACCCAAUUACCAGAGAGUAUAACCACAUGUGAAGAGUGUGAUUUUUGCUGUAAGAUUUGUUCACAACUGUUUUUAUUUAGUCUCUUAAACUGAUUUGUUUUGAAUGUUUCAAAGACCAAGUUUGAUUAUUUACAAUGUCCUAAUUCAAAUUAAUCUGCGGUCUGAGCUAUACUGAAAAAUAAACCAUUUCAAAUGUUUAA